CGAUUCAUGCUUGGCUGCUGGGGCGGCCGGUGGCAAUGGAGAUGUCUGCGUUUGAAUCGUAUUUUCCUUUGCGUAGAAUGUAGCUCAUUGCGUUACUAAUAGGAACGACCAUCGAGUGUACCUAAUCCUCCCUACUGUGGACUAUAUGCGAUGAGCAGUCACAUAGUUUAGAGGUCAUCUGGAAGGCACGCUGUUGUCGUUUGCUGUCACAAAAUGCGGUCAACACUUUUCCUCAUGAGAACCCCCGGUAUCCGGGGGCUAUGGUUUUCUACAUGUGCCAGAACCCGAUGUUCUCAAACUGUUGCCGAAAGAUAUGACUCUGACUCAGACUCAGAAGCAGAGACUCGGGUGCUUACAAAACAUAAAUGGGACGUGGUUAUAUCAGGGGCUGGACUGGCUGGAGCUGCCCUCGCUUGUGCACUGGGAACGUCUGAGGUCUUCGCUGGUAAAAAGGUGCUUCUUAUUGAACGGCGUACGCUUCGUACAGAACAUGAAGGAAACGGCUGGAGCAACAGGGUGUAUGCCUUGACUCCAGGAAGCAAAACUUUUCUCGAAGAACUCGGUGUGUGGAAACUACUCCCCAAGUCUAAAAUGCAAGCUGUAAAUCGCAUGCAGGUGUGGGAGUCUCACUCAGAAGCAGCGAUCACAUUUGACGCUGUGACUCCCGACGGUGUGGUUGCCUACGAUGUCGAUCUGCCCAAUCUGAUGGAUGCCCUCUACAAACGGCUCUCUCAAUUGCCGGGGGUUCGUGUUUGUUCCAGGGUGAGAGUGGCAGAUUAUCAACUGCCCACCCUAGAACGGAAGAACUUGGGUGACUCCUGUCCGCCAGUCAAAGUGCGUCUGCAAGACGGGAGUUGCUUUGAAGCUUCCAUGCUGGUUGGUGCGGAUGGCUUCAAUUCCCAAGUAAAGAAAGCCAUGGGUGUCAAGUCGCUGCAAUGGAAUUAUAAUCAGAAAUCGAUCAUAGCCACAUUGCAAUUGGCUGAGUCUGUGGACAACUCAAUCGCUUGGCAACGCUUUCUACCCCACGGUGUUGUGGCACUUUUGCCACUGGAUUCAGAACACACAUCUCUCGUCUGGUCACUGCGUGCCGACCUCGCGGAUAAACUCAUGAAGAUGGAUGAAGACAGCUUCGUGGAUGCCCUCAACCAUAGCCUUUCUGGGGCAGGAAAGAGGAAUUCCAUAGUGGACAGUGUUAUGUCAGGUGUGUCAUCAACACUCAAGGCAGUUGGAUUGGCGCCACCUGGGAUGCAACUGCCAAUGCGGAUCCUGAGAGUGACGCCAGGCAGCAGAGCCACAUUUCCCUUAGGAAUGAGUCACGCUACAUAUUAUGUGCUACCCCGGGUUGCCCUUAUUGGCGACGCAGCGCACAGAAUUCACCCAAUGGCCGGGCAGGGUGCCAACCUUGGCAUCGGAGAUGCUCAGGGAUUAGCGGAGCUACUCAUUAAAUCCGUGCAAGAUGGUAAUUCUAUCGUUCCUUUCGAUGCUCUGCUGGAGUACGAGACACAAAUGCAGCGUCACAACGUGCCUUUUCUGUGUGCCGUCGAGGCCCUGGUGUACCUGUACCAGAUGAACGUUGCUCCGGUUGUACUAGCAAGAAGCAUUGGGCUGCAGGUACUCAACUCACUUACAGGAAUUAAGGACUGGAUAACGCAUCGGGCAUCCUACUAGAUAUUGAACACAAAGGCUCAAGACGCGAGUAAAUAUUUAUGUGAACGUGAGUGCUUGUAGACGACGGAUGUACUCGAAAAACUGAAUAAAUAAAAGUAAGAAUGAUAA